GAGUUGAGAGCCCAGUGCGCUCUUCCGCCUGCUCGAGGAACCAGAGCCUCCCGAGCCCCGCCGCCGCCGCCGCACAAAGCCGCGAGCCCGCGCCUGAGCCAUGUCCGCGUCGGCAGGAGGCGGCCACCAGCCCAGCCAGAGCCGCGCCAUCCCCACGCGCACCGUGGCCAUCAGCGACGCCGCGCAGCUACCUCAGGACUACUGCACCACGCCCGGGGGGACGCUGUUCUCCACCACGCCGGGAGGAACACGAAUCAUUUAUGAUCGAAAGUUUCUGUUGGAUCGUCGAAAUUCUCCCAUGGCACAGACCCCGCCUUGCCAUCUGCCCAAUAUCCCUGGAGUCACUAGCCCUGGCACCUUCAUUGAAGACUCCAAAGUAGAUGUGAACAACUUGAACAACCUGAACAAUCACGACAGGAAGCAUACAGUUGGAGAUGAGGCUCAGUUUGAAAUGGACAUCUGAGUGCUGCAGAAUCGAAGGAGACUGCAGCACGCAGCUGGUGCAACCUGACUGGGCCAGUAGGAAUGAAGUGAACCAAGAAGCAAAUGGCAGUUUUCCUCCCCUCCCUCUGGGUGCCAAAUGAUGGAAGAUGUGCUCCAUUGACCACAUCUUCGCCUGUGUCCUGCCCUUGGAUUCCUCUGUGGAAUUGGUCCACAGAGGAAAGCAGUCCUUAUAGCUUCCAUGGUCAUUUCCCAAAAAUCUUCCUGCCCCCUUCAGAUUUACCCCAAGUCCAGGGGCUCUCUAAGAAGCACCUCUGCUUGGGGUGGCUGGGGAGGGAAGGAGGUUUGGUUCCCUCUGCUGUGCCUGUGCUCUCUGCCUUCCCUCUCUGCAUCCCAUCGAUGAUUCAGUGCUGGGUGUGGGAUCUUUAAACCACUUGGGGGAAUGAUAAACAGUGAGCUGCUUGCCCUACUCCUGGAGAUGUUUGUUCUCAGUACUGGAGCACAGUUCUUGUACCUCCUGCAGCUCCAACUGCAUUCCUGGAACUCAUGACAUCAGCCUCCCUUUUCUCUGGGAAGAAGGCUUCUGUUUUGGGUGUGAUUGCUCAUCUCCCUGAUCCCUUACAUAUUUUAUUGGCACGGGUAUUUUUAAGCCCUUCUCCUGAAGAGACCCCUGGGUGAUCAGCUGUUCUUUGCCUGUCUGCUAUUCUUUCUACCUGCAUCAUGCAGGCAAGAGUCCUCUUUGCUCUGAGAUACCUGUGACUUUUGUCUGGCUUCCACUAGUGGGUCUGCUUGAGGAUGCCCAGCUGACCUCUGAAGAGGAGGACUGAGCCGCACAGGUAGCCAGCUUCAGUAGUCAUGGUUUAAACCUGGCAGACCUUAGCAGGUUUGUUGUCCCGCAGUUGUAUAUUUUGAGUUUAAAGUUGACCACACACACACACCCUGCUUUGGAUCUGCUCUGUCUUGGCUGUCGAGAGAAGCAAGGGCUGAAAAAAAGUGUGUUCCUUCGCAUUUCCCUGCCCUGCUCAUUGUGUCUAUCCUUCCUGCUUCCCUCCUCCUCUCCUUUUCAAACCUCACUCUCUUCUUCCUUCUGGUUCUUCCACCAGGAUGUUUUCCAAAUCUACAUCAGAGGUACCUCACAUGUUGGUAUCUGAUAAUAUCUGUCUCUUAAUCAGAGGAGAGACCUUUUAUUUUUAAGAUGACUACAGACCUAUUUUUAGAUAAGUUUUCAGAACAAUUUUGAACUGCAACUUUUUUUAACAAAACAUCUUCCAGUAUUAGGAAGAUUAUUUUAAAAAACAAAAAAAAGAAAGGAAGAAAGAAAAGGAAAAAAAAAAAAGCAAAGAAAGGUUCCUGGGCAAGUCUCCUGUCUUCACUGUCCUUUGUCUCUCAUAGUUCCUUCUGAGCGCCUUCCUGUGCUCUCAAGUUUGGGGGUCUAUUUGGAGUGAAGAAAGGGUGGUUUGUGAAAUUGGACCAGUCUGCCCUGUUAUGAGUUGUUGACAAAGACUUCAUUCCUUUCCUUUACCAGUUUGCUCUCUUGCUUCUCCCCACCCCACUCUCCUGGUACUGUAGACUGACAUGGUGAUCCCAGGAGAGAGAGAGAGACAGGCUUAUGCAUCAUCCUCCUAAAGAAAGACAGUUUAGCAGCCACUGGUGUCCUGGGAGUUUCUGGUUGUAUUGGAUGCCUAUCUAAGCCUUCUUAGUAAGAUUUCAGAUCCCCAUUGGCUGAGAAAGAAAGCUGUAUGCUCUUCCUUUGAACCAUGGAAAGACCCUAUUUUGUGAAGAUUUUAGGAAAAAGAAAGGAAGGACAUCUGCAGAACUUGGUUCUGUUUUCUGCUACACAAUGUGAAUAGCUCGGAUUGCAACCCUCUGUGAAGGUCGCUCUCUCAGGAAUAAGCUGGGUCUCCAUUGUUUGGGGAUUCUUGGAGUCUCCAAGUUGAUAAUCAGAAGAGUUUUAUUUCUUUGUUUAAUGUAUCUGUUAUGUUUUUAAUUAAACUCCAAAUUUCAUUUUCUGGA